AUGCCGGAGCCGCUGGCAGUGGGUGUGCCGGACACCGGGAAGGUUCCAGCAGCUUCUCAGAGAAGCCCCACUACCGAACCCAGGCACAGCCGCAGCACGUUCGGACUCCAGGCUGGGCCGGGCGAGCCCCGGCCGAAGGGCCCGCACCGACCCGCGCCGGCCUGCUUGAACCCGGGGGCCUGGACCGAGGAUGCGGUGGAGGAUUUUUGCUGCUGCUCUUUCACUUCUGGGGUGCCCAGAGGGGUCCCUGAGCCCAGAGGGGCGGGAGGGGCUGUCCCGCGGUCUCCGUUGGGGAUUUUCUGUGGGAUUUCCUUUGGGCAGCGGGCGGUGAAGCAGCUGCUGACCCUUCCCCGGGCAGAGCGCCGGCGCUCGCGUUCCACGUCCCGGGACAGGGACAGGCGGCGGCGGGAGCGAUCGCGGUCCCGGGACAGGGACAGGAGGAGGAGCCGGUCCCGCUCCCCACACCGGAGGCGAUCCAGGUCCCCACGCCGGCACCGCUCCAGCUCCUCGUCACCGGCCCGGCCCAAGGAGCGCCGCGAUGAGGAGAAGAAGGAGCUCAAGGACUCCAAGAAAGAGCGACAGAUCACAGAGGAGGAUUUGCAGGGCAAGACAGAGGAGGAGAUCGAGAUGAUGAAGAUGAUGGGUUUUGCCUCUUUUGAUACCACCAAGGGGAAGAAGGUGGACGGCGCUGCCAAUGCCUACGCCAUCAACGUGUCCCAGAAGAGGAAGUACAGGCAAUACAUGAACAGAAAAGGAGGAUUCAACAGGCCCCUGGAUUUCAUCGCCUGAUGCUGGGACACAGCUCCCACCACGGAAGGAUUUCGCUUCCCUGCACUCUCCUGGGUGGCUCCAGUGCAGGAUUCCAGUGGAAUUUGGGUUUUUCCCAACAAAUCCCACAGCCCGAGCCGCCAUGAGUUUGCAUUUCUCAGAUUUUUGUCAUUAUUUUUUUUCACAACAAAGGUCAGUUUCUGGCUGGGAUUUUGCUGUGUUUUCCCCGGUUUUGGUUUGUUUCCCUGUUAAUAAAACCCCAGAUAUUUUG